UCCUCCGCCUACUGGACGUCCUUGGGGUGCAGCCCAGGAGGUUCAAUCAGAAGGAAGGUGGUAAAAGGGGAGGGUUCAGUGCCCAGGGCACAGAGGGGACCCCUCUAUUAGGGGGCAAAGAAGCGCAGGCUGCGGCCGCCAGGGCUGAAGAACCCUCCCCCUGUUCGUGUCUCCGGAUCCACCCACCGCGACGGAGCGUCCCUGGGAGGGCCGCCCGGGCCCCGAGGGGGGAGCCGAGGGCUGGCUAGUGCCAGUCGGCGCCGAGGGCGCGUUCCGUUGCCGCGGCGGGUGGUACAGGCUGGCAGACACGCGCUGGCAGCCGCGGGCUGGCAGCCCGUACCCCAAGAGGAGGAGGGGGCAACUGCUGGCGAUCGCUAGCGCUCUGCCUUGGGGGCCACCCCCUCGCCUGCCCCCAGCCCCGCCUCCCGAACAGGGGCCGCUGUCUCCGCUCCCGGCCGCGCGACUGUCGAGCGCGCACUACCUGGGCGCAGGGGCCGCCGGGAAUGGUGCGCAUCAGGCCUGACAUUGCUCCCAACCUCUCCGCAGCCUUGGGGCGGGCGGCCCAUGGAGCCGAGGCUGCUGCGGGCCGCGCAGGAGAGCGAGGUCAUCGUCCAGCAUUACAACUACACCGGCAAGCUCCGCGGUGCGCGCUACCAGCCUGGCGCGGGGCUGCGUGCAGACGCCGUCGUGUGCCUGGUCGUGUGCGCGCUCAUCGUGUUGGAGAACUUAGCCGUGCUGGUCGUGCUCGGACGCCACCCGCGCUUCCAUGCGCCCAUGUUCCUGCUUCUGGGCAGCCUCACGCUGUCCGACCUGCUGGCCGGCGCCGCCUAUGCCGCCAACAUCCUGCUGUCGGGACCGCUCACGCUGCGUUUGUCGCCCGCGCUCUGGUUCGCUCGUGAGGGCGGCGUCUUCGUGGCGCUCUCCGCUUCCGUGCUGAGCCUCUUGGCCAUUGCACUCGAGCGCCUGCUCACCAUGGAGCGUCGGGGACCCGCGCCCGCCGCCCGUCGGGGGCGCACGUUGGCUCUGGCGGCCGCCUCCUGGGGCUUGUCGCUGCUCCUCGGACUACUGCCGGCGCUCGGCUGGAAUUGUCUGGGUCGUCUGGAGGCCUGCUCAACGGUCCUGCCGCUCUACGCCAAGGCCUACGUGCUCUUCUGCGUGCUCGCCUUUCUUGGCAUCCUGGCUGCCAUCUGUGCGCUCUACGCGCGGAUCUACUGCCAGGUGCGUUCCAAAGCGCGGCGCCUACGGGCGCACCCCAGGACUGGCGAGGGCGCCUCGAUGCGCGCCCGCCACACACCGCGCUCCUUGGCGCUGUUGCGCACGCUCAGCGUGGUGCUCGUGGCCUUCGUGGCUUGUUGGGGCCCCCUCUUCCUGCUGCUCUUGCUGGAUGUGGCGUGCCCGGCGCGCGCCUGCCCUGUGCUCCUGCAAGCGGACCCCUUCCUGGGCCUGGCCAUGGCCAACUCGCUCCUGAACCCGCUUAUCUACACGUUCACCAACCGCGACCUGCGUUACGCGCUCCUACGCCUCGUCUGCUGCAGCCGGGGGCCCUGCUGCCGAGACCCAGGUGCCUCCCGGCGGUCCGGGAGCGCCCCUGGGGCUUCGGGCGACCUGCACCGCUGGCUGCCUCCCGGCCUGGAUGGGAGCUCCAGCCGCUCCGAGCGCUUCUCGCCCCAGCGGGAUGGGUUAGAGACCAGCGGUUCCACCGGCUGCCCUGGCGCACCCACGGUCGCUGGGACCCUGGUAACCCCACCAGCUACAGACUGACGCCCUUUGACUGCCAUUGCUCUCCCUCAGAGCUCUUUUGCAGACUUUCUUUUUAAAUAAAGGAAUUUAUAGGAAAAAGCAGCCAAAGAUGAAGAUGGUGGAGGCAGAAAAGACCUAGGAAAAUAUAUUUUAUUGACGCUAAACCACAGCAAUGAACAAAACAGAUAAAAAUCCCUGCUUUUGUCGAACUGAUGUUCUUGCGUCGGACUCAGAGAUGAUCCCGGAGUGAAGAAGCGUGGAGAUGAUUCCGGUGACAAUAAGGUGAUGCGAUGGUGGUCAGGUGAUGCCUUUUGAAGAGGUGGUAAGAUGUUAUGGGAGCUGAGGUGGUUAUUAUCCUGGAAACUUUAAUUUUUGGCAUGUGGGAUCUUAGUUCCUUAAUCUGGAAUGAACCCACAACCCCUGCAGUGGAAGCAGGGAGUCCUAACUUUGAACUGCUAGGGAAUUCCCUGUCCUGGGAACUUCUGAAGGAAGAGCAUUUCAGAAUGGGGGAACAGCAGGUGCAAAGGUCCUAAGGCUAGAAUAUGCCUGUGUGUUCUCUCAAAAGCAAAGAUCCUAGUGCCCCUGGAGCAAGGAUGGAGAGGCAGAGAAGAAACAAAGAUAGGAAAAUAAUGGGGCAGGUGGGGCAAACCCUUACAGACCCAGGGGAGAAACUUCUUUUGCUCUGAAUGGAGUAGUACUCCUGGAAGGUUCUAGGCAGAGGAAGGACUUAAUCAGGCUCAGGUAUUUACACAUGCCUCUGCCCUCUGUAGAGGGUGAAGCCAGGAGAACUGGGUGAUGGUAACUGCCUAGGGGAGUGAUGACAAAGACUGGGACGGUAUGGAUUCUCCACAGACUUCGGAGGAAUUGGACAGAAUUAUUGAGGAAUUGGGUGUGGGGGAGAAAGGAGUCAAGGACAGGUGUUCACCUUUAGAGGAGAGGCCGAAGACGGAGCACCCCAAAACUUGACUCUAGGAGACUCAGCCUGUUCCUCUGUGAAACAAGAUUUUUUUGAAAGUGGUAUCAGAUCCUUCAUAAAAGAAUAAAAAUAUAAUUGAAUAAUAA